CGGCCGCUGAUUGGUGAUUUGGGCCGCUGACGGGGGUGCGUGCGUGUAACGUCAGCGCGUCGGCAGAGUAGCCGCAGUCGGGAAGUGGAGUGCUGUGGCAGGCGGAUUCCCGGACGGCAUCGGCAGAGCGUGAAGUGAGGAACUCGCUGGCGGAUUAAUUAAUUGGACCAAAAGCACCAUGGGAAACAUCGCUUCAAUAAUCAGAGGGCUGUUUAGCAAGAAGGAGAUGCGCAUUCUCAUGGUGGGACUGGAUGCUGCAGGCAAAACCACAAUACUAUAUAAACUCAAACUUGGGGAAAUUGUGACAACAAUCCCUACUAUUGGUUUUAAUGUGGAAACAGUUGAAUACAAAAAUGUAAGCUUCACCGUAUGGGAUGUGGGUGGUCAAGACAAAAUUCGACCCCUUUGGCGUCAUUAUUUCCAGAAUACACAAGGUCUAAUAUUCGUGGUUGACAGCAAUGACCGAGAGCGUGUCAGUGAGGCAAGGGAGGAGUUGACUCGAAUGCUUGCGGAGGAAGAGCUGGAAGAUGCUGUGCUAUUGGUCCUUGCAAAUAAACAGGAUUUACCCAAUGCAAUGACUGCUUCAGAAAUCACAGAUAAAUUAGGAUUACUCCAGAUGCACUCCAGAUCUUGGUACAUCCAAGCAACAUGUGCUACUAGUGGCGAUGGUCUUUGUGAUGGACUUGAGUGGCUGACCAAUCAACUGUCAGGGCAUAAAUAAUCCGUUCCACUUCUGAAAGUCUCUGCAUGACCAGCCGUGUGUGUGUGUGUUUGUGAGAGAGAGUUUGAGUGGGAGCAGUUUCCUCACCAUGUGCCUUUUUAUAUGUUAUACAGAAGGGUUCAGGACACUACUUGGAAGAACUGGUUUUAUGGCCAGUGGUUGAAAUUAUUUUACUAAUGGAAAUUAAUGGCUCUAUUUUUUAAAAUAGUUGCUGAGUAACACUUGCAGGCUAAAAGUAAAUUUACAAUAUGUAACUGCUAGCUGACCAAAAAUUAAGAACAUAAAUGCUAUUUAUGGCCCCUUUUUAAAUUGAUCGAGAGAUAGAGGGAGACAUCAACAGAUUUUAUGGCAAUUGAACAAGCUUGUAGACCUUGGUUUGCAAUCUUGCCUAAUUGUCUCCUUAGUCUGAGUGGUGCAACUGGGUUUGAAAUCAUAAAUAUUGGACUGCAUGAGCCAAGCAAUUUGGUGAUGUGGAAAGCUGAAAAUGCAUCUCGGAAGGAAAUAUGUGGUGCUGGUUGGUGCUUUGUGGCUCUCAGAAUCAGAAUUUCUGCAAAAGAUCUAUCAAAAUUACCCACGUAUGAGUGAGUCUGCUCUGAAUAGUUCAAUUUUAUGGAUUUUUAGAAACUAGCAUUCUACAAUUUAAUGUUUAUAGGUCACCGAGGGAGCUGCUCCCAUUCCUAGUUUUGUAAAGAUAAUUGAAUGACACUUGUAUGUAUUUGCUAUGAGAAGGGCAAAGGGUGAAAUGCAUAUAAUAAUCUACCCCUCCCCCCCCUUUUUUUUUCUUUGGGAACACCAAGACAAGACCCUGCCCCCCAAAUAUAAUGCUUGGCAUCUCUGUCUGUGCAAUGACACUGCAAGCACAAGUGGAAUUUGCACACCUAUUUUCCAGUUAUCUUUCCCAGCAUUCUGACAUGUUUCAAAAAUAAAAUUGAAAACUUUAUUGAUAAUUUCUAUGUUUGGGUGGAGUAUUUAUCCUGUACAGAUCAGUAGCAUGCAUUCCAAAUUGACUUGUUCAUUGUAUAUUAAUAACGAGUUGAAUACUGAUCUAUCUUCAUAGACAAAAUAUACUUUAUGCUUCUUGUAGGCAUGUGUUAGCUGUAGAGUGCAACCCUGUAAAUUGUAAAAAUAUGAAAAGAAAGCGCUGGAGAAUUAUUGAUUUCAAUUUACACUGAUUAGAUUUAAGAAAAUGUAAAUUUAUAUUUUGCCGGGACGUAUUAACUUUCAAUCCAAUAGUGGAAAUCUGAAGCUUAGUUGCAGAAUGAGGUUUUUUCUGUUGCAAAAGGUGUGCAAAUGUAACUUCAAAUUUGAUCUGAAGAAGAUCGGCUUAUUUUUAACUAAAUCUGUAAACUUGUCUUGGGAUGCAUUAUAUAUUGAAGAUUUCUUUAUUAGAAUAAAUGUUAGCAUUACA